AUGCAUAUCAAGUCCAUGCUCGAUGAGUCCCGGAGGACGGGCGAGCCCUCCUUCUCCUUCGAGUACUUCCCUCCGAAGACCGCCCAGGGUGUUCAGAACCUCUACGACCGUAUGGAGCGCAUGUACGACUUCGGACCGAAGUUCAUCGACAUCACUUGGGGCGCUGGUGGCCGAAUUGCCGAGCUCACCUGCGAAAUGGUCCUCCAGGCCCAAUCCGUCUACGGCCUCGAGACCUGCAUGCACCUUACGUGCACCGACAUGGGCCUGGAAAAGGUCAACGACGCCUUGCGAAAGGCUUACAAGGCCGGCUGCACCAACAUCUUGGCCCUUCGCGGCGACCCUCCGAGAGAGCACGAGAAAUGGGAGGUCACCGACGACGGCUUCCGCUACGCGAAGGACUUGGUGAAGCACAUCCGUGCCACCUACCACGACCACUUCGACAUCGGUGUUGCGGGCUACCCCGAGGGCUGCGACGACAACAAGGAUGAAGACCAGCUGUUGGACCACUUGAAGGAAAAGGUCGACGAGGGUGCCACCUUCAUUGUCACCCAGAUGUUCUACGAUGCCGACAACUUCAUCCGCUGGGUUGGCAGGGUGCGCGAACGCGGCAUCACCGUUCCCAUCAUUCCGGGUAUCAUGCCCAUUGCCACAUAUGCCAGUUUCUUGCGCCGCGCCAAGCACAUGAACUGUAAGGUCCCCGACGACUGGAUGGCUGCCCUCGAGCCCAUUAAGAACGACGACGUGGCUGUGCGUGAGAUGGGCAAGGGUCUCGUCGCCAACAUGUGCCGCAAGAUCAUUGCCGCCGGUAUUCACCAUCUGCACUUCUACACUAUGAACCUGGCCCAGGCCACAAGAAUGGUCCUUGAGGAGCUGAACUGGAUGCCUUCGUCCGAACGCCCCUUGAAGCACGCCCUCCCCUGGAAGCAGUCUCUCAGCCUCGGUCGCAGAGACGAGGACGUGCGUCCCAUUUUCUGGAAGGGCCGCAACAAGUCCUACGUGCUGCGCACACAGGACUGGGACGAGUUCCCCAACGGUCGCUGGGGUGACUCUCGCUCGCCUGCCUUUGGCGAGCUUGAUGCCUACGGCAUUGGUCUGACGGGUACCAACGAGCAGAACCGCAAGAAGUGGGGUGAGCCCAAGUCCAUCAAGGACGUUGCCAACAUCUUCGUGCGCUACCUUGAAACCGAGAUUGACUCGCUCCCCUGGAGUGAGGCCCCUCUCACCAGCGAAGCCGACCACAUUCGGGAAGAGCUCAUCGGCUUGAACAAGCGCGGUCUGCUCACCAUCAACUCUCAGCCUGCCGUCGACGGCGUGAAGUCGUCCCACCCGGUCCACGGUUGGGGACCCGCGAACGGCUACGUCUACCAGAAGGCCUACCUCGAGCUGCUGGUUCACCCAGACCUGUUCCCCGAGAUUGUCGCUCGCAUCGACAAGAACCCCGACAUGACCUACUACGCGACUAGCAAGAACGGACCGCUGAUGUACAAUGCAUCCAACGACAGCCCCAACGCCGUCACUUGGGGUGUCUUCCCCGGCAAGGAGAUCGUGCAACCGACCAUUGUCGAGGGCAUUAGCUUCAUGGCGUGGAAGGAUGAGGCCUUCCGCCUCGGUACGGACUGGGCGCGCUGCUUCGAGGCUGGAACUCCCAGCAGAAUCCUGAUCGACCGUAUCAUGGACUCAUGGUACCUGAUCAACAUCGUCAACAACGACUUCCACCAGAAGACUGCUCUUUUCGACUUGCUCGACGGUCUCUCCGUGAAGGAGUACACCGACAUCCCAACUGAGCCUCAGGCCCAGAUCAACGGAGCCAGCAAGGAGCAUGCGACGGAAGUACCCAACGGUACCACGGGAGCUGCCGUCACCGCUUAG